GGGAGCGAGCCGGAGAGAGAGAGCGAGCGAGCUGAGGAGAAGGAGGAGGAGGAGGAUCCGGGGCGCCAUGGCGACCAACAUAGAGCAGAUCUUCCGUUCGUUCGUGGUGAAUAAAUUCAAGGAGAUCCAGGAGGAGAAGCUGAGCGGUGAGAACACUGAAGACUCCCAGAAUGGUGAACCAACAACAGAAGCAACAGAAAAAACAUCAGAAGAUAACACUAUAUGUGUCCAAAGUGAAGGGGGUCAACAGUCUAUACAGAACGUUGAGAGCAUGCAAUCUGAGCCCCUUGAUCUUGAGCAACCUCAGACUUCAGCUUUGGAAGAAAACAGCUCAUCAAAAGAAUUGAAACCAGCUGAAGUUAGUUCUUCAGAUGAAGUGAAAAAGGAUGCAUCCCGAAAAAAAUCAAAAAAGCAUAAAAAACACAAAAGUAAGAAGAAAAAGAAGAAAAAGAAAAAAGAGAAAAAUGAGAAAAGAUCAAAAUCUACUUCAAGCAACGAGGACCCAGAAAAUGUUAAUUUAGAACCCAAAUCUUUGUGGAAACCUGCGUUUUCUUCUCCUGCAAAAGAAGAUAGAGUUGAUUUAGUAUCAAAAACAGAAAUAGAAUCUGGAUCAGAUGUUGUAUUAGGCGUGCCACCUAUUGGUACCACACUGGGCACAUUACUUGAUUCUGUCAAAGAAACUCAGACAUUUGCUAAAGUAGAUAUUGAUUCAGGGUUUUUUGGUCCAAAAUGCCCUAAUGAAAUAAACUAUGUAAAUUCAGAAGUCCAAGGACUAUGUGAGGACUCCUCUAAACUUGUCACUGGCCAUAGUGAUAUAUUAAAACGACUAGAGGAAAAUGAAAUAAAGAGCAGUGUGGGAAUUUCAGAUGAAACAAAACUUAAAUCAGGCUUGCCUUCUCACAUUGAUACAGAAUUAAAUUUGAUUCAGCCAUCAUCUGUUCAAGCAGAAGGCGAUGCAGAAAUGACAGACUCUAAUAGUAAUAAAUUAAAAAGACUUGAUCAAUCCAUAUCAUUAGCUGUCAGUAAAGGUCUUCACCAUCAGUCUGAUAAAACCAAAUGUGGGUAUAGAUCACGGUCAAAAUCUGUUGGCAAGAAUAAAAAAGAUUCAAAAUCUCGUUCAAGAUCUAAAUCUUUAAUGAGAAAACAUCGGUCAAAAUCUAAAUCCAUGGUAAAGGAGCCAAAACGUCCAGUCGGUUCAAAAUCUCCUAUUGUAGAAAGUUCAAAGCAGAGGAGGUGUUCCCGCUCCAGCUCUUUGGAACGAAGGAAGAGAUCACGUUCCAAAUCUCCAGAUCGAACCAGACAGUCACGGUCUAGCACUCCUGCUCGCUACUCCAAAUCCCCUAUACGUAGUUGGUGGUCCAAGUCUAUAAGAAAUAGACAGAGAUCAAGGUCACUUUCUGUAAUAAGACGCAGAUCAAGCACCAGAUCACCUGCCUGGAGACGCAGAUCAAGAACAAGAUCACCUCUAAGACGACGCAAGUCAAAGUCAAGAUCUUCAAGUAGGAGAAGAAAAUCGAGGUCAAAAUCAACAAGUAGAAAACGACAGUCAAGGUCCAGGUCAACUAGUAAGAGGCUUCGAUCGAAAUCUUUUGCAAAGAGGAGGUCAAGGUCUACAUCAGAUGCAAGGAAAAGGAGGUCACGCUCCAGUUCUAAUGCAAAAAGACUAAAUUCACGGUCUCAGUCUGCUGUAAGAAGACGAAGAUCCAGAUCUGAAUCGCCUGUAAAGAGUAGAAGAUCACGCUCUUUGUCAGCUGCCAAGAGGCAAAAGUUGCCAUCUGGUUCUUUAAUCACAAAGCGAAGAUCUUGUUCCACAUCUGCUAGCAGAAGGCGACGGUCUCGCUCCACGUCUGUUGCCAGGAGGAGGAGGAGAUCUCGCUCUAAAUCUGCUACCAGAAGGCGACGGUCUCGUUCCGUGUCUGCUGCAAGGAGGAGAAGGUCUCAAUCCAGGUCUGCCACCAGGAAGCGAAGGUCUCGUUCAAUGUCUGCCACGAGGGGACGAAGGUCUCGUUCAGUGUCUGCCACCAGGGGACGAAGGUCUCGUUCCACGUCUGCCACCAGGAGACGAAGGUCUCGUUCCACGUCUGCCACCAGGAGGCGAAGAAGGUCUCGUUCCACGUCUGCCACCAGGAGGCGAAGAAGGUCUCGUUCCACGUCUGCCACCAGGAGGCGAAGAAGGACUCGUUCCACGUCUGACACCAGGAGGCGAAGGAGGUCUCGUUCCACGUCUGCCACCAGGAGGGGAAGAAGGUCUCGUUCCACGUCUGCCACCAGGAGGGGAAGAAGGUCUCGUUCCACGUCUGCCACCAGGAGGGGAAGAAGGUCUCGUUCCACGUCUGCCACCAGGAGGGGAAGAAGGUCUCGUUCCACGUCUGCCACCAGGAGGGGAAGAAGGUCUCGUUCCACGUCUGCCACCAGGAGGGGAAGAAGGUCUCGUUCCACGUCUGCCACCAGGAGGGGAAGAAGGUCUCGUUCCACGUCUGCCACCAGGAGGGGAAGAAGGUCUCGUUCCACGUCUGCCGCCAGAAGGCAAACGUCUAAGUCCAUGUCUGCCAGGGGGCGCAGGUCGCAGUCUAUAUCGGCUGCAAGGAGACGAAGGUCCUCCUCCAGUUCUCCGACAAGGAAGAGAUCAUCCAGAUCAAGAUCAGCUGCAGAAAGGGACCGGUCGAAGUCUAGAUCCAGAUCUGUAGCAACAAAGCAUAGGUCAAGAUCUCGAUCUGGAUCAAAUGUGGGAAGAAAAUCAAGAUCCCAGUCAGUAACUAAAAAGGAAAGUUCAAAAUCAGUUGAAAAGAUAGCAGAUACACCUCCCUUUAAAAUGAAGAGUGAUGAUAAAAUAAAGAUACCAGAACAAUCUCCAAUAUUACAUUCCGAAUCUGCAAAUCCAUGUCAACAUCAUGCUGAAUCUCCAGAAAAAACAGACCAUUCUUGUCAUGAAAUGUUUGCUGAACAUGUAGAUACUUGUUCGCUCACUAUUCUUAGACCUGAAUUUCCUCAUUCUCAAUUUAAGGCAGUUGGGAAAGAGCAGCAGGCUUUGUGUCACCAGGCCAAAACUCCAGCCUUGCAAACACACUCUCCUUUAGAAAAGCAAAAUAUGAAUGAAAUUCCACUGACCGAUUCCAGUAGAAAGCCAAACCUUUUUAAAGAAAAAUAUAAUCCUCUUCAAACACUGAAUCCUCAGAAUAGCAGUAAAGAGGGGGAGGUUCCUUGCAUUGAUGUACAAUGUGAAAUAUCAAAGUCUGAAAUGGAGUUUGUUUUUCAGCAACCUUAUGCUGUAACUGCAACAGGAACCACCAAAACUGCAAAUCAGACCAAAUAUAAUUUAGAAAUCGGUCAAAUCGAAAGGCAACCAUUUGUAAAAUCUGAUGCACUUCGCAAGGAACCGGUGGAGUUCAGUUUGUUUUCUACCCACGCGUCAGGUGACACCUCUUAUGCAGAAAGUAAUCACAGUGUUUUAUCAGAAUAUGACCCCUCAAUCCCUAGUUCAGUUGUUAACCGUACAUUUAGCAGUACUUCUUCAGAAGAAAGAUCACAGUUUGCUCUUGGGCAGUCAACAACCAUGCCUAUUUGUACAGAAUUCCCCAUCUUCAUAGCACAAGACAUACAACAGGAAUCCUCUAUGCAGUCACAUCAAGCAAAACCAGUACUGAAUGUACAUCAUGAGUUUAAAGAAGAUUCACACUUGCAUUCUGAUGUUAGGCUUUAUGAGAUUGAGUCCAACAUAUUUGCAGAACCUGGAUUGUCUACUCGGAACACCAAUGUCUCUGUAAUUAUAGAGGAUCUUCAGAUCAAGCCUGCUGAACAAGAAGGAUCUUAUUCUAGCAAGCUUAAAGAACAAAGUUCCUUUGUUGUUAAUACUGAAACUGCUGUAACAGAAUCUAAUAGCACUGUUGCACAAGAAAACUUUAACUGUAGCUCAGACAGAAGGCAUGCAAUUUCCAAUGUAUCUGUACAUUCAAAGUACCCUACUACUGUGCCCAGUAAAGGAUCUGAAUCAUCUGAUAAUAAGGAACAAACUCAGGCUUACUCUACAUUUAAACAUAAGCCAGUGGAUGCUGUUAUACUUAAUCAGAGCAAUCCACAAUUAAGAGAAUAUGGACAUCCUUUUACAGAUUCCCAUGCCUCUGAGAUUUCAGGAGGUUUACUUAAGCAAGAGAUAAUGGCGCCUGUGAUAAAAGUAGAUACAGUACAGGAUUGCACCUCUAGUAAAUCUGACCAAAGUAAUUUAAUGGACAAAAGAAAUAACUUGACAAUUGAUCAUUCUGAAGCAGCCCCCAUUAUUGGAAUAUUGAAUAGAGAGGCUACUGUUCUGUCUGUAAAUACCAUCACCACAGAACAAGGCUCUGGAGAUAUGCCCAAAUUUGUAACAGAUGUUGCAAAUAUUGAUCCUUACAUAAGCAGUACCACUGCAGUUGAACAGAUACCAUUUAUAUCAUCCAGUUCUAAACUGAGAAAUAAAAAGUUUACUGAAUCUUCUCCAUGCCUACAUCAAACUGUCUUAGACAAUUUUGGGAUGAAUGCUGCCUCACAUGGUGUUAGUGAACAUCAAGUUGACAGGUCUUCUGCAACUAUUGAACAAAGGCAACCAGAAUUUCGAACUGAACAAAAAUCAUCUGAUUUGGAAUGCAUUGUGGAAAAUGUAGCCAACUUAUCACCCAUCAAAGGUGGCCUGAACAUUGGAUUGUUUAAAGGCAAUGAUCCUAGCUUAGAAUUGAAUAUUGUACCUGAAUCACAUUUUGAAGUGCCAGAAAGAAAAGCAUACAAAGUAAGUGCUCCUAAACGGAGAACAGGCCAAGAUGAAAGUGAAUCUAAAGUGAGGACACUCCAGAAAUCACAUACUUUUACUACUGCGCAAAGUCAUGACUCUCUACCUAUUUUCAACACUGAUUUGAGAAGUUCCCAGUCUCUCAAAGUUUCUGACUGUCAUACCUCACAGCUUCCCAAGCACACUAAACUUAAAACCCUCCAGGUACCUGCAGUCACAGAGGUGGUCAUCACGACAGAUAAGGAUUUGUCAUCUUUGGAAAGAACUUUGCAUACUGGCCAAACUGGUCUUUUAUCAACUGUCUCUCCCAAGUUGUUUCCAUGUCAAGACCAAAAUGUUGCUAAACAUUUUGAAAAUAUUGCUCCUAGUAAACUGAUAGAUCCCCAACAGCAGGAUAUAUCUGAAAACAAAGGUAUUAAUGAAUUGCAGUGUGGGACAACUAUAAAUGUGUCACAUCUGUACUCCGAUGAUAACAAGGAUAUCGAUGUUCCUUUUGGUUCCUCUGAAAAAGAUAAGCAGAACUGUCCUAUUGAGCAUGUUAAUAUUCUGGAAAUGAAGAUAAAUUGCUCAGACAAGAAAAUAUUAGAAACUUCCAAAACUGAGAAUCGUUUGGACACAAGUAGUCAAGAAAAUAUUUCUGAACUGAUGGAAAGUGAUGGGAAAGGUGCCUCCCUCCAAAACUAUGAGUCAGCUCAAGUUUGCAUUACCACCACGACUGAUCAUGUGGAACAAAGACAGACCUACAUGCUGCCUAAGAAAUUCCCUUCUUCUACCUCUGUUGACAAGGUUAAUACCAGUCAGGCCCCUUCUUCUACCUGUGCAGAUGAGGUUAAUAUCAGUCAGUCCCCUGAAGUCAUGUUACAUAAAAGUUCAACAGGCUUAUCACUUUUAGAUGCAGAUUCUCUUGAGGUUGAAAAGUUUGUGAAACCAAUGUCUAGUAUGAAAACGAACACUAUAUUCAAUGAGUGUAUCACAAAUGUACAUCAGGAAAACAAUUCUUUAGAGACUAAGCAUCAGAGUUCAACUAGUGAAUAUCAGAGUGACAUCAUUGGCCAAACGAAUACUACUGCAGUUUGCACUACUGAGGUUAUUCCUAGUGUAGGUCAUCCUUUCUUUGAAAUGCUUACAAAGCAUGACUUGAAAGCUGAAAAGCAGCAUAUUCAUACAACUGGACAUUCUAAGCAUAAAUUAUCCAAAUCUGAAGUUGACAGAUUAAAGUCCCCGGAGUUAAAUAAAUUAAAGGUCUUGCAACCUAACCCUGAAGCAAAUGUAAGGUAUGAAGCAAGAAAAACAUCUGCUGCUUUAUCCAGUCCAUUGAAUUUUAAGUUUAGCAGGACUUUUAAGCCUAUCAGCAUUUCUCCAAUACAGGUUCCUUCUGACUCCAUUGUUUUGAGUAGUCUUGUGCCUCCUAAUGUUGCUAUAUCCUCAGUCAGAGAGCCUGAGAAGCUUGCUGAAUCUGCUUCAGAGUCUACAAAAUCAGGUGUCCAGCCCUCAUUACACAAAAUUCUUCAAGAACCUAGUGACUCAUUUGCCACAUCUCUCCCAGAGUCUCGGGAGUCUGGUACAAAGAAAGCAUCAAGUGUUGUGCCUGAUUCAGAGCAAUUGAGAUCAUGUUCACCUAUAGCCACAAGACCAUCAACUCUGCAGAUGCAUCCUCUUGCAGAGACUGAGCCCCCGCAGUCUUCUGCACUAAAAUCCAAAACCUCACAUUUAGAAAGUCUAGAUACACCUGGAACCCAGCUACUGGAAACGCCUGUAAACUCAGCAACCAGCUCUGUGAUAGAUCACUUACAGCCUGAAAGCCAUGUUCCACCAGAGCCUUCUCAAUCAAGUACUGGCAUCAAGCAUGCUUUUCCACAUCUUUCUAAUGCUACAUCAAAAACGGGAGUCAAGCAACGCCAAUACCGCUCAAGGUCUAUGGCUCAGGAGAGUAGAUCACCAUCUGUGGAUCGUGGACGAGCAUCUCGGUCAAAAUCUCCCCAAAGGAAAAAGCGUUCCCGUUCUAAAUCAUUGCUUCGAAAAAGGAAAUCACAAUCACCAACAAGCAGAAGGCGCUCACGGUCAAAAUCAGUUCGGCGAAGGCGUGCCCGUUCAAAGUCUAGAGGAAAGAGAAGACAUUCUCGAUCUAAAUCAAAAACCAGGAAAAAACGUUCUCCAUCAAAGUCAGCAAGCAAGAGAAGGCAUUCUCAUUCAAAAUCAACUGAAAGGAAACGACGCUCAAAAUCAACUGGCAGGAGUAAGAGGGUUUGCUCUAAAUCACCAAUAAGGAGAAGACCAUCUCGUUCCAGAUCUUCUGGGAGAAAGAAACGUUCAGGCUCCAAAUUAGGUAGGAGAAAGCUUUCACGUUCAAAAUCACCAGUGUGGAGGAGGAGAUCACGAUCAAAAUCUGUUUCAUCAACCAGUCGUUCACGCUCUAAAUCGGCAACUUGGAGACAUCGCUCUCGCUCAAAAUCCACACUUAAAAAGAGACACUCUAGAUCAAGUUCCAAGUCUACAUCUCCAAGAAGACAUUCAAGAAGAGGUCAUUCUCUGUCUCGGUCACUUUCAAGAUCGUCAACUCGAAGACACAGUUCUAGGUCUCGAGGAAGAUGGAGGCGUUCCCGUUCUUUAUCAACUUCUAGGCAUCGGUCUCGAUCCUCUUCAAGACCAUCCCGUUCUCUUUCAAUCAAGAAACAGCGUUCAUUGUCAAAAUCGCCAAACCGCAAACGGCGCUCAAGGUCUCAAACCAAGCAGAAGGAAAAAUCUCCUUUAACUAGAAACAAGUCAAAGUCAUCUUCCCCACCACAAAAAAAAGUGCAGUCAAAAUCUACUGCUUUCAAGCACAGUAUUGGUUUAAAGUCUCUUAUUCAGAAACAAUUAUCACAAGCCAAAUUACAGAGUUCCUCUGGAAAGCAGCCUUCAAAGGAGCAAUUACCUUUGCCCAGCUUGACUGUCAAAACACCUUUAAUAAUACCAAACUUGUCUUCAAAAACACAGUUGCCAAAUUCUAACCGAACUAAUAAGACACAGUUGCCAACAACAAAGUUGACUACAAAAGCACAAUUGCCUAUGUCCAGUGUGAGUGCAAGACCUCAGUUGUCUUUGCAUAAUCUUACAACUGAGGCACAACUUCAACCUGAUCUGACCAAUGAAAUAACACCAGUAGCUAUUCCUGAACUUGCCCCUGGCACACAAUGGCCUAUACCAAAUAUGACUAGUGGAACUCAGUGGCCUGUGUCUGAUUUGACAUCUGGAUCACAGUGGACUAUGCCUGAAAUGACUACAGCUGCACACUGGCCUGUAUCUGACUUGUCAUCUGGAACACAGUGGCCUGUUACAGACAUUGCUACAGGCUCACAAUGGGCAGUGUCUGAUUUGUCUGCUGGCUCUCAAUGGGCAGUUUCUAAUUUGGCUACUGGCUCACAGUGGGCUGUGCCUGAUCUGGCUGCUGGCUCACAAUGGGCUUUGUCUGACUUGACCGCUAGCUCACAGUGGGCUGUGACUAACUUAGCAACUGGAACACAAUGGGCUGUGCCCCAUCUAGCUGCUGGAACGCAUUGGGCAAUGCCCAACAUCCCUAGUGCAGCCCAGAUUCCUGGUUCAUGCCUAUUAAGUGAUACUCAGGCCUCAGUGCCUGCCCUAGUUACUGAAACUCGGGUUGCUGUACCUGCUCUGACAACUGAAACACAGGUGACUAUGAACCACUUAAUCUCUGAGACUUUAUCAGUAGAGAAUGAACAGGAUGCUCAUGCCUUGAGUGAAUUUAAUGAGCUGGCUACAGAGACCCUGCCCACAAUGAAUGCGCUGACCUCUGUGACUCAAGUGGAUGUGAAUGUGCUUGCUGUUGUAGAAAAGCUGGAAGAUGAGACCCAUGAUGCUGUAAGUGAGCUGAGAGAUGAGACUAGGGCUACUGUGGACGAGCUGGCUGCUGAAACUCAAGCUGCUGUUGAUGAGCUGAUGGCUGAGACCAAGGCAGCUGUGAAUGAGCUGGCAGCUGAAACCCAAGCUGCGGUGGAUGAACUAACAGCUGAGAACCAUAUGGCUGAUAGUGAGGUAAACUGUGAGACUCCAGCGACUUUGGACAUAAUUGUUAGUGACUCCCUCACAACUGUGGAUGUAUUGGCCCCUGAAACUCAGGCUACUGUAAAUGAGCAAGAGUCUGAGACUCCACAUACAGUAAGCAAGUUUGAUGCUGAUGCCCAGGUGGCUUUUCUGGACUUGACCAGUCAAACUAUGGUUUCAGAAUCAGCCAUUGCUAAACAUUUGGAUUACAAAUUACCUUUCAGUGACGGUACCUCUUGCAUUGAACAGUAUCCAUUUGUGCAAAGCUCUCAGCCAUUUGAACUUCUCUUGCCAUCUGAGCAACCAGAUUCGUCUCGCAAUGGUCUCUUUACUGAGUCACCUACAAUUAACCAUCAUCUACAGCAACCUGAAACUGCUCCUAGCACUGAGAACAUUUUACUUGAUACUUGCCCCAGUCUCCUUCAGCCCAAUUCACCCCAUGCCUAUCCUGAGGAACCUAUGGAACCAAGCACUACCCCCAAACCUUCCAUUAUGGCUGAGCAGUCUGAUGACCUUGAGCGAUGCCUUAAAGUCAUUGCCAGUGCUGAUUGCUUGCUGCCUAAACAAGAUAUUACCUUAGUUAUUGCACCUAGUGCUUGUGUGAAUGUAUCCCUAAUUAAUGAACAUAAUGCUUGUAACAAACCUUUAAUGACUGAAGUCAGUGCUGAUGUUCUCCUUCACUCAAACAAUGAAUUAUGUGUUAGUCCUAAACAGAAUAUUUUGUCAGACACCAGUGGCUACACCAGACAAUCCAUAUUUGCUGAGCCUAGCGCCAGUAGCAAGAGCCCAGUAAAAGCUGAAUCUUGUGCCAAUCCUGAUCACAUAAUGCUUGUUGAACCGUAUGUUAGUCCUGAACAUUCUGUUUUAGCUGAAUCUUAUCCUUUACCUAACCACCCCAUUCUGAUUGAAUCCUAUAACAGCCCUUGCCGUCCUCUUCUGGUUGAGCCUUAUGCUAGCCCUGACCACUCCAUUCCAUCUGAUGCGGAUGAGAGCCCUGACCAUGCUAUUCUGGAGGAGCCUUAUGCCCGCACUGAACCCACACUUUUCCCUGAAGCUUAUGAAAAGCCUGUACCCUCCCAUUCACUUGAGCCUUAUGUUAAUCAUGACCUCUCCCAUCCUACAGAACAAUGCAAUAAUCCUCCUGCAACUGAUAUCUGUGCUAGCCCAUGCCUUCCUCUCGUAGUUGAGCCUUAUGCUAGCCCUGUACGUCCCAUUCUGGUUGAACCUUAUGCCAGCCCUGAUUCAUCACCUCUCACUGAACAUUAUGGAAGCCCUGCCCAUUCCCCUGUAGCUCAUCGUUAUUCCAGCCCUGCCCACUCCCCUCUAGAUGUACACAGUGCCAGUCCUGCAAACCCCCCUGUAGAUGAACCAUGUGCUGGCCCUGCACAGAUUGAAGGUUCCAGCCCUGUCCACUCACUAGCUCCUGCACAGUUUGUCAGCAGCGACAGUGCUCUCCGGACUGCAUCUUACUCCAGCUCUGACCACUGCAUACUGGCUGAAGCACAUGCCCAGUCCAGGCACUCAUAUACUGCUGAUUCUUGUGAAAACACUGAGCCACCUGUUUCACCUGAACCAUUUGUCUGUGCUGAACAUCCUAAACUUGAUGCGCCUUCUGCUGUCUGUGGCCAUCAGUCUGAACCUUAUGUCAGCCCAAAACACACUCUGGUAACUGGGCCUCAUGCAAGCCCUGUAUCAUAUACUAGCCCCGAGGCUUCCUCUUCAAGUGAACUGUGUGCUAUCCCUCCACAUCCCCUUUCAGCUGAACCAUGUGCUAUCCCUCCACAUCCCCUUUCAGCUGAACCAUGUGCUAUUCCUCCAUCUUCCCUUUCAGCUGAACCAUGUGCUAUUCCUCCAUCUUCCCUUUCAGCUGAACCAUGUGCUAUCCCUCCAUCUCCCCUUUCAGCUGAACCAUGUGCUAUCCCUCCAUCUCCCCUUUCAGCUGAACCAUGUGCUAUCCCUCCAUCUCCCCUUUCAGCUGAACCAUGUGCUAUCCCUCCAUCUCCCCUUUCAGCUGAACCAUGUGCUAUCCCUCCAUCUCCCCUUUCAGCUGAACCAUGUGCUAUCCCUCCAUCUCCCCUUUCAGCUGAACCAUGUGCUAUCCCUCCAUCUCCCCUUUCAGCUGAACCAUGUGCUAUCCCUCCAUCUCCCCUUUCAGCUGAACCAUGUGCUAUCCCUCCAUCUCCCCUUUCAGCUGAACCAUGUGCUAUCCCUCCACCACCCCUUUCAGCUGAACCAUGUGCUCUCUCUCCACCACCCCUUUCAGCUGAACCAAGUGCAAGCCCUCCACGACCCCUUUCAGCUGAGCCAUGUGCUAGCCCUCUGUGUCCCCUUUCAACUGAACCAUGUGCUAGCCCUCCGCUUCCCCUUUCAACUGAACCAUGUGCUAGCCCUCCGCUUCCCUAUUCAGCUGAACAAUGUGCUAGCCCUCCGCUUCCCUAUUCAGCUGAACCAUGUGCUAGCCCUCCACGACCCCUUUCAGCUGAACCAUGUGCAAGCCCUCAACAAAGUUCUACUUCUGUUGAAACAUAUUCUAGCCAUCAGCACCCCCCUUCAGCUGAACAGUUUACCAGUCCUAAUAAAGCUCUUCAACGUGAACCGUUUUCGGUCCCUUACCAUUCUGUUCUGCGUGAACAGUAUGGCAUACUUGACAACCCGCUUAAAUCAGAACUUUGUACGAACACUGAACUCCUUUCAGAACAACAAUUUGCUAGCAUGGAGCCCCCUGUUCCUGAUGAGCAAUCAGUCAGCCCUGACCCCCCUCUUUCCUCUGAACCUAGCCCCAUUUCCUCUCAAUCCUUCCCUGGCAAGUCUCAUUCCUCUGAAUUCAGCUCUGCCUGCCCCCCUUUGACCAAAACCUGCACCAUCCCUGUCCAAUCCAUAUCAUCACUUGAUCACUGUGCCAGUCCUGUACAAAAUCCACACGAACCUGAACUCUGUACUAGCCCUAUAAGAGCUCUAGUAGUAUCUGAACACUGUUCCAGCCCUGUUCAUCCCUUACUCACAACUGAGUCCUGUGCAAACCAUUUUCUUCCUCUUUCCGCUGAGCCCUAUGUCAACCUUGAUAGCUCGUCACCGCCUACAGAACCUUAUAUUGGUUCUAAUUCAUUUUUGGUAGCUGCUGAAUCUUUUUCCAGUUCUGUUCACAACGUAGUAGCUGAAUCCUUUACUAGUCUUGACCGUCCUUUAAGUACUGCUUCAACUGUCGGCCCAGAGCACUUCUUAAAAGCAUCUGAGCUGUCGGACAGCCCCAACCUCCCUUUGCUACCAGUUGAAGCCUGCUCCAGUCCAAAUCAUCUGUUGGCAGCUGAACCCUGUUCUACAACUAACCUCCAAAUUCUGGCUACUGAAUCCUGUUCCAGUCCUAACCAACAUUUACGUGUAUGUGAACCCUCCAGUGCUUGUGUGAUUACUGCAACUCCUGUUACCGAUUAUCCUGGCAGACUUAACCUCUUCCUUGCUGAACCUUUUGUAGUUGAACCGUGCCGAAGCCCUAACCAACCACUGGUAGAUGAACCCUAUCACAGCCCUGGACACCCUCUUGUACAUGAACCGUGCAACAGCCAUGGCCAACCCCUGGAAGAUAAACCCUGUAGCAGACUUGGGCAACCCUUGGUAGAUGCACUUUCCUUCAUCUCUGACCAACCCCUAGUAAAUGAUAACUUCAUCAGGUCUGAGGAACCAGUGAUGGAGACUAGUAGCAGCGCUUAUGUUCCUGUGGUUGGAGUGCUUAGCAAAAGCCCUCAUUGUUCUGUGGUAGAAGAACCCAGUGACAACCCUCACUGUGCUUUGAUGGAAGAGCCUUGUACCAGCCCAGCUCACCUCAUUAUAAAAGAGCCAUGCGACAGUCAUGAAGACAGAAAUGUAGUGGCUCCAUCUCAAUACCCUGUGGUGAUAGACCUAUGUGCCAGCUCUACCUCCCCCGUGGUAAUCCAAACCUAUGCAAGCUCUUCUGGCCCCAUAGUACAAGAGCAGUUGGCCAGUCCUGAUGAAUGUGACCAGCCCCUAGAAAAUCAAUUUUAUUCCAGCCCUAAAGUGUUCCUGGAUGAACCCGGUGUAAGUCCUAAUCUCCCUGUGUUGGAUGAACACAGUGCAAGCUCGAACUCUGCUUUGUCCAGUAGGUGUGCUGCUACCUACAACACCCUAUCAGUCAGCUCUUUUGGUAGCUGUAGUGAAUCCUGCAGCAUCCCUCACCGCUCUUUGCCUGAGCCGUGUGGCAGCCCUGACCGCCCCCCGACGGACGAGCCCUGUGGCAGCCCUGACCGCCCCCCGACGGACGAGCCCUGUGGCAGCCCUGACCGCCCCCCGACGGACGAGCCCUGUGGCAGCCCUGACCGCCCCCCGACGGACGAGCCCUGUGGCAGCCCUGACCGCCCCCCGACGGACGAGCCCUGUGGCAGCCCUGACCGCCCCCCGACGGACGAGCCCUGUGGCAGCCCUGACCGCCCCCCGACGGACGAGCCCUGUGGCAGCCCUGACCGCCCCCCGACGGACGAGCCCUGUGGCAGCCCUGACCGCCCCCCGACGGACGAGCCCUGUGGCAGCCCUGACCGCCCCCCGACGGACGAGCCCUGUGGCAGCCCUGACCGCCCCCCGACGGACGAGCCCUGUGGCAGCCCUGACCGCCCCCCGACGGACGAGCCCUGUGGCAGCCCUGACCGCCCCCCGACGGACGAGCCCUGUGGCAGCCCUGACCGCCCCCCGACGGACGAGCCCUGUGGCAGCCCUGACCGCCCCCCGACGGACGAGCCCUGUGGCAGCCCUGACCGCCCCCCGACGGACGAGCCCUGUGGCAGCCCUGACCGCCCCCCGACGGACGAGCCCUGUGGCAGCCCUGACCGCCCCCCGACGGACGAGCCCUGUGGCAGCCCUGACCGCCCCCAGACGGACGAGCCCUGUGGCAGCCCUGACCGCCCCCAGACGGACGAGCCCUGUGGCAGCCCUGACCGCCCCCAGACGGACGAGCCCUGUGGCAGCCCUGACCGCCCCAUAACACAACAAACACUCAGAUCAGAUGAAGCUCUUUCCAAAGCAGGCUCCUCGCUGACAGACAAAGGUCCUUUGUGUACAGAAAAACUUAUCUUUACAAAAACAGACUCAAGCAUUCAAGGCACCAAACUCUGUGGAACAUCAGAAAGCACAGCUAACCUGCUGGCUGUACCACAUGCUAACCGUGGUAUUCAGUGGCACUAUCAAAAAAAUCCCACAGCCGUUACAUUUCCAACCAAGUUUCUUCUAGAAACCAAUGUGUCAGAGACGUCAAAACAGCACGAAGGUAACUGUGAUACAUUAGCCGAAGAUAAACUAUGUCAAAAAGGAGACUCUGUUUCUAUCACAGAUACAUGUACAUUGUUGAGUUUGAUAUGUGCACCAUCUGAUGAAAUUUCUGAUGAAACUUUGUCUGUACAUUCUAAUGAAAUUCUGCAUGCAGAUCCGCCUUAUAAAACCCCACCACCUGACCUGCUGCCAUAUGACUCUGAGCAGCUGACAGCAUUGCAUUCCUCUAUAGCUGAGCCUUCAGCUGAGCAUGCUACAUUUAAUUCUGAGCCACCACCAAAACUACUCCCUUAUGAUUCUGAGCAGCCUGAAAACCCAUAUCUUGGUAUUUCAGACUAUUCCUCUGAACUUGCAUCUUCAGUCUUUCAUACACCACCUGAACUGUUGCCUUAUGAUUCUGACCAACCAACUGUGCUUCAUUCCUCUGAAGGAAAGUCUUCAACAGAGAAAGUCAUAACAAUAUUCAAGGCAUCCAACAAUAUUUCUCAGCCGGAACCUGAACCCCCAACAUUACAUCAGCUUUCUAUGCCCUCUUGUACAAAGACACUUAAUCAGGAGCCAGAGACUAUACUAUUAGACGACGAGCACUUAUCUGUAAAUAUACCAAUUGCUGAUAUUUCAAUAAACUCUUCUAAUACUUUAUCUGCAUCUACAUUGGGGAAAGUAUCGGUGUGUGAAGUUUCUAACUUGCAGCUCACUAUGUUCAGCGAUAAUUUGCCAGCACAACCUGUGCAAAAACAGGUUUCUCUUUCAGAGUUGUCAUUUGAAGAAUCACAGUUCUGUAAUGAAAAACACAAAGACUUUGAUCCUGAACGAUGUAAUGAAAAAACACAUUCUCCAUGCAAUCAACCUCCAAAUUCUGAAUUAUCUUCUGAAGUGCAGUCUAAGUCACCUGAACAAUUAGAUACAGAGUCUACUAUGUCUGAAAAGACUAUUCCUACAAACCUAGCUGGACACCCUUCCAAAUCAGAGCUUCCUGUGCAAGAGAUUAAGCAAUCUUCUGUUUGUGAAUUAGUUGCAGUUUCCGCACAGCCGUGUGUGACUUCACCUGACCUGCAAGAACAGAUUGUUUCAAAGAUGGAACUUUCUAGCAAGCAGACACAUUCCAAAUCCAUAACUAAACAAGACUGCCCAAGUUCACAGUCCAAAUCUGGAUCAAGGCGGUCGCUCUCCAAAUCCUUAGACAGAAGAAAACGUUCACAGUCAAAGUCAGAUGAUAUUAGAAGAUCCAGGUCAAGGUCAGCCACACGCAAGAAGCGUUCACGUUCAAAAUCAUUAGUACGAAAGAGGAAGUCCCGAUCCAAGUCACCAGUGAGAAGAAAGAGAUCACGGUCUAAGUCUACAACACAAAGAAGAAAGUCACGCUCAAAAUCAGCUACACGAAAACAGCGCUCUCGUUCAAAGUCUGUAAUUCGUAAGAGGCGCUCCCGCUCAGCGUCUGUCUCUCGGAAGCGGCGCUCAAAGUCCACGUCUGUGGGACGUAGGAGGCGCUCCCGCUCAACCUCUGUGGCCCGCAGGAGGCGCUCACACUCUGCAUCUCUAGCCCGCAGAAGGCGCUCUCGCUCCACAUCUUCGACUCGCAGGAGGCGCUCUCGCUCUGCAUCUCUAGCCCGCAGGAGGCGCUCUCGCUCUGCAUCUCUAGCCCGCAGAAGGCGCUCCCGCUCUGCAUCGCCAGGCCGAAGGAGGCGCUCCCGUUCUGCAUCUCCAGUCCGCAGAAGGCGCUCCAUCUCUCCAGUCCGCAGGAGACGUUCCCGAUCAACCUCUCCAUCCCGCAGGAAGCGCUCACGCUCAACCUCCCCAGCCCGUAGGAAGCGUUCCCACUCUGCGUCACCAGCCCGCAGGAAACUAUCACGUUCCAUAUCCCCAACCCGCAGAAAACGUUCUCGUUCCUCUUCUGCAGCCCGCAAGAGGUGCUCCCGAUCCCCUUCAGUGGCCCACAAGAGACGGUCAUACUCCAAAUCAUUGACCCCAAAGUCUCCAGUGCACAAACCAAAGUGCUCUAAAUCUGACAGAUCUCGAAGUCGCUCACAGAGUAACUCAACACGUAAAAGGAAAACACGAUCAAGGUCUACAUCGAGAGACAAAAACAAAGCAAGUGAAAAGCGACGGAAGCGGUCCAGUUCUAAUGAUCACUACAACAUUAAAUCAAGACGCAGGAGUCGAACUCCUCCAAGACGGAAAAAGUCGAGAUCGCCUGUAAGGCGAGCAGGCUUGUGUAUAUCCCCAAUAAGGAGGAGACGAUCAAGGUCACCUUUGAGAAGAAAAAGCUUCAGCCGAUCUCCUAUUCGACGUAAUCGGUCAAGAUCACGAGAAAAGUCACUAGACUCCUCUAGGUCCCCUAAACGCCUCACAGAUCUUGACAAAGCACAGCUCCUUGAAAUAGCAAAAGCAAAUGCAGCUGCUAUGUGUGUUAAAGCAGGUGUACCUUUGCCACCUAGCUUAAAGCCUACUAUUACUCCUUCUGCCUCAGUAGAAGAAAAAAUUACUCAUCGAACAUAUGGUGUUACGAUACAAGAACUUACCGAGAAAUGUAAGCAAAUUGCUCAAAGCAAAGAAGAUGAUGUGAUUGUAAAUAAGCCUCAUGAUUCUGAUGAAGAGGAAGAGGAACGGCCCUUUUAUAAUCAUCCAUUUAAAGUCAGCGAGCAUAAACCGAUUUCAUUUAGCUUGCUGAAUCCAUCAAUAAAGCCAGCUCCGAAAAAUCAGGUAACUCUGACUAAAGAGUUCCCAGUAUCGUCUGGCUCCCAGCACAGGAAAAAGGAAACUGACAAAGUAUAUGGCGAAUGGGUUCCCGUGGAUAAGAAGAACGAAGAGAGCAAGGAUGAUGUUUUUACUAGCACAGGUUCUACACAGUUCUAGAAUUGUUUGAGGAAGGUGGAUUAACCACAGUUAGAUACCUGUUGCCAAACCAACGCUCUGAUGGGCUGUGACCCCCCUUCUUUAAUGGCCUCACAUGGACCUAAUGCUUCCAGAUCCCGAGUUCUGAUUGGUUGCAAACUGGUCAUUAAAGAACCCUAAGGACUGAUUUAUUACAACUACAGGAAAAAAGCAAAAGAAAACCACCCCCAGAUGAGCAGACUCAAUGUACAGUUGAACAAAACUAUGGACAGCAUUUUUUUUUGUGUGUGUGUGCGUGCAGUUACGGACCUGCUCGACAUGUAACCACAUUGGUGCCGUACAUCCAAAACUGAAAAUGCAGCAAAGGCAGUACCACGUUUGUCAGUUGCAGUGGAAGUGUAAUAUAUCUCACCCCAACUCCCCCCCGCACUAUUUUUGCAAUAUCAGAUUUUAAAUAAACAUCUAGCUUGAUCUGUUUGGGUGACUGCUAGUAUCUUGCUUGUAUAAACGCAUUGAAACUAAAUCUUAACAUUCGUGCAACUAGGACUCAUUGUGAAAGCAAACAGUAAGCACCACUGUGCAUGUACUCUUAACAGAAUGUAGUAUUUGCAGCUUCUUAAAGUGUUUAUUUUUUUCUGUUUAAAACAAUCUACACAAAAAACCCUCACGUGGGGCUAAGCUUUUCAUCUUUAUUUGCUUAAUAUUUGCCAAUUUACUGUUAAAAUGUCAUCAAGCUUCUGAAAUUGUGUUCCCUCUUAUUUGCGAGUUUUAAAGCAGGCCUAAUUACACUUACUCAUCUACUGAAGACCCAUGCUAAAGUUUAUGCCGCAACACCAUAUUUAAAGGCAGACAUGUGCAUUUGGGUUCUUCUAGCCUGUACAGGAUUUCUGUACAUUAUAUUAAGUUGCAAUGCACCAUGUAGAAAUGUUUAGUAACCUCUUUAUUAUCAAUAAUAAAAAAUAAAAAAAAAGUAUUUAUUUUUUACUUAACCUGUAAGAGCUCAUCUGCGGCAGACAUUUUGGUGUGGUUGGGCAUGAUUCUCACCUACUCUUGAAUUUCAACAUUUCACCUCUGUGUCCAUGAAGUGUAAUUAGCAAAAUGUCAGAACGUCACUGCUCAUAAUGAACAUAUGGGCUCAUUGAAAGAAAAAUAUUAGUAUUUCUCAUAUGGUCAUUCUACAAAUGAACAAUUCAAAUAUCUGAAUGCAGUAAAUGUUCCUAUGUUAGUCCUCUUUGUUUAACCCCCCGUUAACCAAACCUCCAACAUUUAAAAAAAAUAAAUUAAAAAAAAUUCUGGAUUCAUUUAAUCACACUUUUGUGUGUAUCUUCUGGUUACAAAUUGACAAACAAAGGAUUGGGACAUGAACAACAAUGAAGUGGUCAUAUAAAAGGGAUUGCUAUUUGACAUCUGGAUCAGUGAUUUUCCAUUGAAUAUUGCUUAGUAAUGGACCUAUUUUCUAAAAUAGUAGAAAGGAUCCUCUUGCAAUCUUCCAGUUGACUGCUGCGUUGUUCGGAUAAACGGCUCAGACAAAGAGGCUGAAUAUGGACCUCGUUACGUUUUUUUGACUGGCCAGUGAUCUAACAGAGUGAGCCCAUACGGAGACAUUGGUUCAAUAUUUGAAACUAAACACAAGUUGCUCUUCUUGAUAAUGAAGACAGCCAAUGCAAAACGUUGUGUAUAUAUCUUUUUUUGUUGUUGCUUUUUUUACACUUUCAUUUUUGCUCAACACUUCCGCUUACAAAUUAUAUCUUAGUCUCUGACCUGAACCAUGUCAUAUAUUUAGUGACGUGCUUGCUAUGUAGCUCAGGAAGUGUGAAGAAAUAUUAGUUGAUUUUUUUUUUUAUUACUUUUUUUUUUUCAGUGAAUCCCAAUGCUCAAACAGUAUGCCUGAAGGUUUAGUUGCUGCCUGGCAUUCAGUGGUGAGGAGAGAGCAAAACAUUUCUUGGUUCUCUUUAAAUUUGGAGUUGCAUUCUAUUUAAAGACUAGAAAUCGCUUUCUCAAUACCUUACGUUGCAGCACCAAUUGGUAACAGUGUAUUACACAGACAUAGUUAAAUAUGCUUGUCAAAGUAUUGUAGUUUUAAACGUGUAGUCUGUGAUUGAUGUGGACUGCGCAAGUACUACUUUGUUUCUUUAAAGUGGUGCUUUAGGUUUACCAACACAUGCCACAAUACUCUUCAGCUAUUUUUUCUCAAAAAUGCAGCCACAAAUAAAAUAAUUAUCUUACAUCAAAUGUUUAAACUGUUGCAAAGCUUCAAUUUUUUUUCUGUAACAUUUUAGAUUGUGCCUAUACAAGUUUAAUAGAAAUUUCAAUGUUACAUGUAAAGUAAUGUAGCCUAUGAAUGAAAAGCACAUUUUUUUUUGCAUCUUCUAUUGAUGAUUAGUCAUUUAAUUGGCAGUAUCUUGUCAAUGUUUCUAAAGCGACCACAACCUUCACUUUCUUAUUUCAGAUCAGCAUGGCCACUUGAGUUUUUAUAGUUUUCACGCUGCUUGUAGUUUAUAUAUGGUUCACAAAAA